AUGUAUAUAAUCAACCCCAAGAUUCCCAGUGAGUUUUGCACUCAAAUAAAUUCUUAUCCCAAGGAAAAGCUUAAAAAGCAAACAAACACUUCUAUAAACACAUUCUCAGUUACCAAGAUCGUCCAUAGAAUUAAAUUCAACUCAACUGAUUUAAAUGGAUCAGUUAGAAUUACUGCCUUACUUGUUUUUUAAAAGGUAAUGUGAAGAUCUUCAUAUUUUUAUUAAUUCAAAAUGUUUUUGUAAUCUCUCCCUCCUCCCUCUUGCUCCAUCCAUCCAUCCAUCCAUCCAUCCAUCGUAGCUUAAAUAAAAGUUUACAAGUACAGCUUCAGUCCUGCCCUAUGUUUGUGGCAACUGCCCUUAUGAAAUAAGGUUAAUUCCAAUGACAUCCACCUAUAACAGACAGCACAUAGCUCAGUUGAUAAAGCAUGAGACCCUUAAUCCCAGGGUUGUGGAUUUCAGUCUAGUGGCAAAAAAAUUCUGCAUUGUAGAGGGUUGGAUUAGGACAUAGGUGGUCUUCAUAGUCCCUUCCAACUCUACAAUUCUAUGAGGGUAUGAUUUUUAACUGUAAGAGUGACUGAAAGCUCUUUUAAUUCGAUUUUAGCUGUUUUAGUGGUACUUUAUUUCCUGUUCUUACAUCCUAUUUUGUGUUGUUUUGCAUCUUCUUCUUUUUUAGCUUUUUACUGUAAACUACUUUGAGCAUUUGGUGAUAAGGCAGAUACAAAUACAGUACUUUUAACAAACAAAUCUUGGCUAAGCAUUGCAGUGUUAUGAGGAAGGCUAGCUUCCAAUUCUAAAGCCAUGGAAGUGGCCUGGGAGAAGGUUCUGCCCAGAGUUCAUGGUGAUGUCCCCAAGAAGGCCUGUAAGACCUUCCCCCAAAGGAGAGUGAUAACCCAUUCUAGAUCACUGUAGCACUUAGGUUUUUGUUAAGCUUUCCUCGCUACUCCCAGCUAUGUCAAUUUAUUUUAUAUUAUUUACUUACAACAUUUAUAGACAGUUUUCAGGGUGGCACAUAACACAAAAUUAAACGUUUAAAAUUCAAUAAAUAAAUAAUAAAACCAACUAAAGAAAGGUUCUCAAUUCUCUCUGUAUUAAUUUUCUUUAAUGACCACAGUGUUAGCUAAUCAGAUUGUUGAUUACCAGUUAUUGUUUUGAUUUUCUAAUAUGGUUAGAAUGCCUGCUUGUUAUUCAGUUACCACUCUCUAAUAAUACUCCUCUAAUAAUAAUAAUUAAGUAGUAGGUUGACAAAGCAGAUUACACAGAGAUUUCUCCAAGUGGUUCUUUAUAGUAAGCUGGAACUGAACUGAACUGAACUGAACAGAACAGCUCAGCCAGCCUGCUUUUAUAGGCGGCCGGCUGUCAACAUUGUAACAACCACACCCCAGGGUUUCCCGCGUAAAUUAACUGACGUGGACCUGAGUGAAAACUAUAUACAGUACACAAUACCCCUGGUGGCCAGGAUGAGCACUUCAAUACAUAACAACAACAACAAAUUUUUAAUAGUCCGCCAUUCCUGGUACGUGUUGGGUGAGGGGAAGGCAUUGUCUCUCCAUGUAUAAGAUCUUCCUGGAACUUGGUCCAUUCUUGGGUCUGAAGAUAGUGUGGUAAGACAACUUGGGAUUUUAAAUGGAAGAAGCUGCUUGGAAUAGACAUUGGUUCAGCAAGCCCAUAAGGUCCAUAUCAAAGAAACUUCAGUAAAAGUAUUUGAUUGAUAAAGUUAGCUCACAUUUACUUCCUUGGUCAGAAUGUGGACAGGAUGUAAGGCUAAGGGCAUACACCACCAUCUUUGGUGGGAAUGCCCCUACAUAUGCAACUUUUAAUAAAAAGUAUGCCAGGAAUUAGUAUCACCAGGACCUCCACUUUACACCUGAGUUUUUCCUGUUACCAAUCUUUAGAGGCCGAACAAGGAUGUUUUAGCAAAGGAUUUGUUGUAAUUUCUGUUGGUGGCUGCCAGAGAAACCACUGUCCAAAUGUAGAAAACCCUGGACAAUUUGGACUUACCUGCAUGGUAUAGGAAUGCCUCUUGGGUGGCCCUAACAGGAAAAAAUAAUCACACAUAAUUUUCAAGGAAAGGAACAACCACAGACUUUCUAUGCCACCUAGUGGCCCUUAAUUACAUACAGUUCUAACAAAAACCUGCAAAUAUAUAAAAUAACCGCUAUUAUAUGCAGUUUGAUUUCACUGUGACCUCACUUGGGGCUUCACUAUUAUUGAUCUUGAUUUCCUGUAUGACUGUAAAACAGGUGGCAUUGAUUAUUUACUAUUGUCACAGGUCAUCAAUGUGGCAAUCACAGAUAUACAUAUACAGAUUAAGAGAACAAAGGAAAGGUGAUGGGCCAUUAAGAAAGCAGGGAGAAGGCAGAUGGGAAGGCCCCUCACCAAACUGCAGGAUUGCAUGAGGCUCUUAAUCUCAGAGUCACAGGUUCAAGCCCCACACUGGGCAAAAAGAUUCCUGCAUUGCAGGAAGUUGGACCAGAUGACCCUUGUGGUCCCCUCAAACUCUACAAUUCUAAAGUGAGACUGAAAUAAAAGCCUCCCCUGAAGAUCUCCAAACCUGGGCAUGUUCAGUCCUUUUCAUGAGUGGUACCUCUCAACUUACUUAGGCCAUCUACGUUCAUGUCAUGAGAUAUAGCUACUUACAACACAAUCCUAUGCACAUCUACUCAGAAGGAAGACCUGUUGAGGUGAGUGGGCAUAGGACUGCAGCCUCAGAGGACUAGCUCUUCUCUUCAUAGAACUCCAGGGUCAUGUAGUCCAACCUCCUGCAAUGCAGAAAUCUUUUGCCCAACGUGGGGCUUGAACCCACAACCUUGAGAUUAAGAGUCUCAUGCUCUAUUGAGUGAGUGAAACCAGGACCCGCCAGUCUUAGUGGUGAUUUAUGAACAUAAGAAACAAAGAAGAGCCAGCUGGAUCAGGCCAAUGGCUCUAUCCUGUUGCCGACCAGAUGCUUUCAGGAAACUCACAAGGAAGAUACGGGCACAAGAGCACUUUCCACUCCUGUGGUUUCCAGCAACUGGCAUUCAGAAGCAUUGCUGCUCCAAACACUGGAACCAGAGCACAGUCAUGAAUUUGUAUAAACCUAUUUUAAAGCCAUCUAGGUGGGUGGCUAUCAUUGCUUCCUGCGGGAGCAAGUUCCACAGCUUAACUAUGUGCUGGUUGAAGCAGUGCUUUCUUUUAAUCUUCCAACAUUCGGCUUCCCUGGAUAUCCAGGAGACCUAGUGUUGAGAUGGGGAGCAUUUCUCUACCCGUUUUUCUCCAUGCCAUGCAUAAAUUUAUACACUUCUAUCCCAUUAAUUCUCGCUCACCUUUUCCAUAUACAGUGGUACCUCGGGUUACAGACACUUCAGGUUACAGACGCUUCAGGUUACAGACGCCGCUAACCCAGAAAUAGUACCUCAGGUUAAGAACUUUGCUUCAUGAUGAGAACAGAAAUCAUGCGGCGGCAGCGGGAAGCCCCAUUAGCUAAAGUGGUACCUCAGGUUAAGAACAGUUUCAGGUUAAGAACGGACCUCCAGAACAAAUUAAGUUCUUAACCUGAGGUACCACUGUACUGAAAAGUCUCAAACGCUGCAACUUUUCUUCAUAGGGAAGUCGCUCCACCCUCUUGAUCAUUUUGGUUGCGCCCCUUUUCUGAACCUUUUUUCCUUUAUUCUUUUUGAGCUGAGGAGGCCAGAAUUGCACUGACACCGUAGAUUUGCACUAACGGCAUUAUGACUAACUGCAUUGGCAGUUUUCUUUUCAGUUCUUUUCCUAACAGUCCCUAACAUGGAUUUUGCCUUUUUCACGGCCUGCACACAUGGGUUCGACAUCUACCACACCAAGGUCUUGUCACCGUUUUUCUGACCCGGUGAGGGCAAUAUGUAAAAUUAAGAUUGGAACCAUGGUCUCUGAGGUCCUAGUUCAACGCACGAAUUACUACACUGCAAUUUAACGCACUUAGCCUUCAUUUAAAAACAACAACAGGCUAAGUACUUUGAAUGUGCUGUAUGCAGAAGAUUCUUAAGGCAAACGUCUUAUUCAGUGCUCCCUCCAACAGGGAUGAGGACAGGGCCGGAUUUAGUUUUGAUGAGGCCCUAUGCUACUGAAGGUAAUGGGGCCCUUUAUAUGUCCAGCUGUAGGUUUUAUUUUGGUUUUUAUCUUAAAAUUUUGAAAAUGUACAUCCAGGUGUGUUUUUCUUUAAUUUUUUGGGGGGCGCCCAAGAGAAUGGGGCCCUAAGCUAUAGCUUGUUUAGCUUAUACGCGAGGAAAUGGAGCCAUGCAGUUGCAAGUUUUAGAUUCACAACCCACGUCAGGGCGGGAACUCGGCGAGCAGCCUGCAAGCCGUCAUCUCCCUCGGCCUUCCAUCUUCCUCCCUAAGCAGCUGAAAUGCGGAGACAACGACACAGCCUUAACUAGUUAAUGGAAUGGAGAAGAAAGUACCCGCGCAAUGCGCUAUUUGAGCAGCUAAGCCUUAUCAAUCGCCUCAUGCAAUUCUCUUUUUUCCCUUCCAUGCAGAAGACCCCUGCAGCGAUCUCUAAAGAAAUCACACCCAUAUAGAUUUUAUGCCCGUUUGGCAGCCCCAGGGAGACGCAAUCGCUUUCCCGACAGCCUUUCGCAGCUGAGGGGGAUUCUUAAAAGCGGGCCUUCUCCUUCUCUGACUUUCGGUUUCAGCGCGCGCGUUUUCUCCGGCUCACGUCUCCUAUCUGCCUGAUUUGGAGCGCCUUUGGGCGCCUCUUCCUCAUUUCGGCAGCCGAGGCGCUGAGAGGAAGUUAGCAACAAAUCGAGCAAGUUUUCUCCUCGCUUUGUCUUUCAAUGGGCUGCGCUCGUCUUUUCGCAACACCGAGAGGCUUCAGCCAGCUUUGAUUUGGGGCGGAACGCGCAGCGCGCAGCUCUCCUCCCAACCACGUUUCUUCCAGCAACAGAGAAACAGCGAUUGGAGCUCAAAGGUAAAGACUUUUGCAAGAUCCUGCUGGUAGAGGCUAUAAUAUGCUGCUGAUAGACCUCUGGGAAUUGAAGUUCAUUCAUGUAACUCCCCCCCUACUCAAAACAAAAGCCGAUACUAUGGGAAUGCAUCCCUGUUCCUUGAAACAGCGAUUGUAUGAAGGGCGGGGCGGAGAGCGACCGGUUGGGUUUGUGCUGCGUUGAGGAAGAUGCUUUCCUUAAGGAAGAGGCCUUCUUGUUGGGACGGAGAAGGGUUUCCCUUUUUAAAAAAAACUACCCGCGCAGAAUGGCAAAACUAGUUUCCUAAAUAUUGCGAUUGCCGUAUUUUGUAAGGGAGCUGCAAAUGGGCACAGCCAGGACUUUUGUUGGGGGGCAGAACGGACGUGAUUGGUCAGUUAAAUAUUUAUAUUUGACUUGAUCUGGGGCUAUGCCCAUAUAGCUGCAAAAGUUUUUAGUCUAGGGCUGGUCGUUUCAGAGGUAUUGUUCCUCUCUCCUUCAGUGCUAACCGUUUAAGUUAUACUGCUACAGAAUUUUAACUUUUGUGGUUUCAAGGGAGUUGUAGCUGUUUUGGGCCGUAGCCAGGAGUUAUUUUGAGGGGGGCAGAACCGAGUUAUCUUUGAUGCAAUUGGUCAGUUUAAGUAUUUUUAUUUAUUUACUUGAUUUAGGGGGCGCAGCUGCACCCCCAGGCUACGCCCAUGCCUCAGGCCCUCUGAUUUUGUAUGUGGUGUUAUGAGAAAAACUGCUCCCUUUCCCUUAUGGCGUAUUCCAGAGCCUGUAUAGAGUCCUUAAGUGGGCUCCCUAUGGGUGGGUGAAAAUAACAGGCCAACCAGAGUACCGUCUUUUUCUGUGUAUGAGACGCCUCCAUGUAUUUUUGGGGACUCAAAUUAAAAAUAAAAAAAAAUUUGUGGAGGAUUGACCAAAGUUCUUACAUUUCUUAUGUUCUCCAUCUCACCAUUUAUUCACUGUGAUUUGCAGCAACUGGUGUUCAGAUUGCUUAAUGCCUCCGAUACCCAAAUACAGUGGUACCUCGGGUUAAGUACUUAAUUCGUUCCGGAGGUCUGUUCUUAACCUGAAGCACCACUUUAGCUAAUGGGGCCUCCUGCUGCUGCUGCGCCGCUGGAGCACGAUUUCUGUUCUUAUCCUGAAGUAAAGUUCUUAACCUGAAGCACUAUUUCUGGGUUAGUCCGGAGUCUGUAACCUGAAGCGUAUGUAACCUGAAGCGUAUGUAACCCGAGGUACCACUGUAGUAUGCAGCCAUUGUGGUUGGUAGCCUUAUGCACCGUGAAUUUGUCUAAUCUUUGAAACCAUCCAAGUUGGUGGCCUCAUGUAGAAGCAAAUACCAUAAUUUAACUAUGUGCUGCAUUGUUACCCUUCGAAAGGAAGGUCUGAAAAUACGCCUCGUCCUUCUUCCCAAUUCAAGACAAAAGGUGUGGUGGAAAGAGCAGCUUUAUUGCUUACUGCAGCAAGAAAGAAAGGUGCCCCAGUGGAUAAUUCCAAAAGCUGGGGCCACAGCACAAGAAUUCAAGGCAUCUAUAUGGCAUUCUGAAUACAUGAAGCCCUCAUGCCUGUAUCAUCUCUGCAAUAUUAUUGGUUACAGCAACAUGUGAACUGCUCAUGGUUCUUUACCAGGCCUUCCAAUUAGGCACCCCAUAUUUGGAGUUGUUUUCUACCUAAAACUCCCUGUAUCUUAUCAAGGUCUCUUCCUCAAUCGGGGAUUGGACUAUAUGAUCCUCAGGGUCUCUUCCAACCAGGGUGGAUAAAAAUCAAUGAUGAUGAUGAUUAUUUUUUAAAAGAUUUUUUAAAAUUUAAAUCGGAUUUUUAAAAUAAAAUGCUUUUGGAGGAAACAUCUUUUUAAAGAGAGUUUUCUAUUUAAGUUACAUUAUAGUCCAAAGGCUGUUCAUCAGGAAAUAAGGAUGUUUUUCAUGUGUGCUAAACUCAGUCUAAGUUUUUGUUUUUGUUUUAAAUUGUUUAACCACAUUGGUUUACAAACAUGGAUACAUAUGCUAUAAUGUUAUUGUUUUAGUUAAAUAAAUUGUUUAAAUUGUUAUUAAGGAAAUGAUUAUUUUUCUCCCUCCAAUAAAGUACAGCAGAAAAGUUGUCCAACUAUAAGCAGUUAACUUAUUAAACCUCACAAUAAUUUCAUAAUUAUCGGUCUAUGUAUUUCUAAUACGAUACAAUACCUUUAUUGUCAUUGUCCCAUGCAGAACAAUGAAAUUGAAAUAAUAGUAUACAGUGGUGCCUCGCAAGACGAAAUUAAUCCGUUCCGCGAGUGUCUUCGUCUAGCGGUUUUUUCGUCUUGCGAAGCAACCCUAUUAGCGGCUUAACGGAUUAGCGCUAUUAGCGGUUUAGCGGCUAUUAAAGGCUUAUCGGCUUAGCGGAUUAGCUGCUAAAAGGCUAUUAAAGGCUUAGCGGCUUAGAUAAAGGGGGGGGAAAAGCGAAAAAAAAAUCUCAAGACUUGCAAGACAUUUUCGUCUUGCGAAGCAAGCCCAUAGGGAAAUUCGUCCUGCGAAGCAACUCAAAAACGGAAAACCCUUUCGUCUAGCGGGUUUUCCGUCUUGCGAGGCAUUCGUCUUGCGGGGCACCACUGUAACCAGAUCAGUAAUUUUUGAUAUAAAUGUAAAAACGACACUGAAAAUUUAUUAUUCCAAAAAUGAAACUUUCAUCUUGUUGUAAAUAUUAAGAUUAUACCAGCAAGAAUUAGUCUUUCUGUAAAAAAAAGAUUUAAAUCAAGUCUUUACUGAAUAGUGACUUAAAUAAUGAUUUAAAUCAAAUCCACUCUGCUUCCAACUCUACAGUUCUAUGAUCUUCUAGCUGGCUCUGGUCAGUGUAAUUGACUCUGUACCAGCCUUUCCUUUACACUAGUAUGCAUACCUAAACUCUGUUAACUGGGCAGGGGGUCCUACAAGUGCUACAUGCUCUCCGCACUUGCAAAUAAUGGCACAGCUUUGUUAAACUGAAAAGAAUAACAAGAAUACAGAAAUACAGAGAGAAGCAUACAAUACAGAAAGGCACAUUCUGUGGCUAUUUGGCUACAGUGUGAAGAUGUACUGUAUUUUUUGCUCUAUAAGACUCACUUUUUCCCUCCUAAAAAGUAAGGGGAAAUGUGUGUGCAUCUUAUGGAGCGAAUGCAGGCUGCGCAGCUAUCCCAGAAGCCAGAACAGCAAGAGGGAUUGCUGCUUUCACUGCGCAGCGAUCCCUCUUGCUGUUCUGGCUUCUGAGAUUCAGAAUAUUUUUUUUCUUGUUUUCAUCCUCCAAAAACUAGGUGCGUCUUGUGGUCUGGUGCGUCUUAUAGAGCGAAAAAUACGGUACUUUCUUUUGUCUGUCCUAAAUAUUUCAACAUUCAGCUUCCUUGGAUGACCCUGCAUUCUAGCACAAUGAGUAAGGGAGAAAUAAACCCUCUCUAUCUACUUUCUCCACACCAUGCAAAAUCCUAUAAACUUCUGUCAUGUCCUCGCUAUACCACUUUCAGAAUCAUGGCUUCCCCCAAAGAAUCCUGGCAACUGUUGUUUACUCCUAGAAGAGCUACAAUUCCCCUGGCAGCAAACUACAGUUCCCAGGAUUCUUUGGAGGAAGCUAUGAUUGUUAAUGUUGUAUAAGAGUGCUUUAAAUGUAUGAUGUGGAUGCAACCUUUCUCACACCUAAAGUCUGCCCACUUCUGAUCUAGAUAGCAACAAAGUGAGAAGCUAUGGGCAACUCUUGAGUUCAAUUAUAAACUAGAAAUACCAUGCUUUGUUUUAAAAACAAUUCUGCCAUCUUCGCUUGAGUAUCUUUGUGCAUAAGCAGAGUACAGUGGUACCUCGGGUUAUGAACUUAAUUCAUUCCAGAGGUCUGUUCUUAACCAGAAACCGUUUUUAAUCUGAGACGCGCUUUUGCUAAUGGGGCCUCCCAUUGCUGGCGCGCAAUUUCCGUUCUCAUCCUGGGGCAAAGUUCUCAACCCGAGGUACUACUUCUGGGUUAGCAGAAUUUGUAACCUAAAGUGUUUGUAACCCGAAACGUUUGUAACUUGAGGUACCACUGUAACUUUCUGUUUUAAAGCAGAUACAGUGGUACCUUGGGUUACAUACGCUUCAGGUUACAGACUCCGCUAACCCAGAAAUAGUACCUCGGGUUAAGAACUUUGCUUCAGGAUGAGAACAGAAAUCGUCCUCCGGCUGCGCGGCAGUAGCAGGAGGCCCCAUUAGCUAAAGUGGUGCUUCAGGUUAAGAACAGUUUCAGGUUAAGAACGGACCUCCAGAACGAAUUAAGUACUUAACCCGAAGUACCACUGUACUCCCUCCACUUUCUGGGCAUGCCCUAGAUCAGGUGUGUGGACACUAUACUCCUUCAGAUGUUGUUGAACUAUGAGUCCCAUAGUUCUGGUCAUUACCUGUGUAUGUUGGGACUGAUUGAAGUUGUAGUUUAGCAACAGCUAGAGGGCCAAAUGUUUCCCAGCCUUGCCCUAGAACCUGGAAUUGAUGCUUUUAUCUCAGUCUGAUUCCCUAGGGCAGAGCCUAGGUCAACUGCCUGAAUGUGACCUAAGAUGACAGGCAGCUGUUCAACUGAGGAAGGAAGAGGCUUGGCCUGUACUCUGAAUUGCCUGGUUCAUUUGCACAGUAGUGGCUGAAAAGCUGAAAGUAUCCUGAAAUGUCUUUUUUUUACCUCCUUCCACAGGGCUUGAAAUAUGGAGAGGGGUUACCCCAUGUUCUGGGGUAGGCAACAGUAUGGACGUGGGUUUUAUGCAGCCGUAAGUUGAUGUUGUUGCUGUUCUGGUUAAGUCUUCUUUACCCUCCCUAACACUGUCUUGAUCUUUGGUUGACUCAAGUAGUUUUAGCAUAUAUUCAUGCUGUAAAAGAAACAGAAUAUCUAUUACUGAAAGCUGGAGCAAUCUAGAAUCGCUUUUGUCCCUAAGGAAUGAAGAUAACAUGCAGGGAACUUGAUCAUUUUCUGCAGAAAAAGAGCUUUAACAAAAACUUUUCUACCGUUGUUUUUUGCUCAAUAAUAUUUUCCAAUUCUAAAAAUGAGUUGUUUCAUAAAAUUAAUUGGAAACACAAUAAAUGAUGGGAAGUUCUGCUUCUGCACAUGAGUUUGGCAAACCGCUCUGAGCUGAAACAUUCCUUCCUCAUCCACCCUAGAAUGUUCAGUUCACAUUGAGUUCAUGAAACAUUGUGCCCUGACCUGUUCUUAAUGCAUGGUUGACCACAUCUACGGAAUGCGAUUGUUAUGUUCUUUUAAGUUCUGCAAUAUCAAUCACUAGUAACAGUUUAAUAAGGAGGUUUUCAUACCUGUCUAACCAUGUGUUCCCUUUUCCAACCUUUAAUCUAUUGAUGAUUAAUGCCUAUAUACAACCCUUGCAUUGUACAGUGGUGCCUCGCAAGACGAAAUUAAUUCGUUCCACGAGUUUUUUCGUCUAGCAAAUUUUUCGUCUUGCGAAGCACAAAAUCCCAUAGGAAUGCAUUGAAAUUCAAUUAAUGCGUUCCUAUGGUCAAAAAAAGUCCAAACAAAGCCAAAUUUGGUACAGCAAGAGUUUAUUAAGUGCUCUUUAAAGUCACACAUACUGUAAAGAGCAUUUCAAAAAUUGAAGGAACAAUAAAUUAAGUUUCUAAACAUGACAGAAAAACAUUUAAAAAUCAACAAAGUGUACAGUACAUUUUCUAAGACUCUGGGGACAACUCGAAGAAGGUUCCUCUUCCACUCUUUGCUUCUUGCUGAAGAACCCCUCCUCAACUGUUCCCCAGCCACCCACCACACAGAAAUUCAAAUCCAGAAUUUUUUUAAAAACAGCAGAGUGGCCCAAUGGUCACAGAAAAUCAUAAAAAUGCAGAAAAAACCACACAAGCUUCCAGAUUCUUGCAAACCCCUCCUCAACUGUUCCCCCAGCCACCCACCACACAGAAAUUCAAAUCCAGAAUGUUUUUUAAAAAACAGCAGAGUGGCCCAAUGGUCACAGAAAAUCAUAAAAAUGCAGAAAAAAACCACACAAGCUUCCAGAUUCUUGCAAACCCCUCCUCAACUGUUCCCCCAGCCACCCACCACACAGAAAUUCAAAUCCAGAAAUUUUUUAAAAAAACAGCAGAGUGGCCCAAUGGUCACAGAAAAUCAUAAAAAUGCAGAAAAAAACCACACAAGCUUCCAGAUUCUUGCAAACCCCUCCCCAACACCAAGUCCUUGAAUUCCAAACACCCCAACCCAAAAUCCAAAACCCCCCAAAAAAGUUUUAAAAGUUUAACUUACCAAAUGGCUGCAAAAGAAGUUUUGGAAAAGCUUCAAAAAUCACCAAAGUCUUCAAAAACCUCAAAAAGGCUACCACACCGCGUUCUAUGAGUUGCUCCUCGAAGUCAAGUCGCAACUGUAUUAACGGUGUUAAGAAAAAGGAAACAAACUUGCAAGACGUUUUCGUUUUUCGUCUUGCAAAGCAAGCCCAUAGGGAAAUUUGUCUUGCGAAGCAGCUCAAAAAACGCAAAACCCUUUCGUCUAGCGAGUUUUUCAUCUUGCGAGGCAUUCGUCUUGCGGGGCACCACUAUAUUUGUGUUAACCAAUCAGCAACAAGCACAUAUGUGGCAAUGCUGUAAUAUUCAAUAAAAGGGACUCCCCGACACAUGCUCGGCAGAUGCCUCCCAUAUGACACUUGUCAUUCGUCUGUCGUUUAUUUCAACCCAAAAAAUAAAUGUAUAUAAUACCAGUCAAAUUGUAGUUUUAAAGUUUUAAUUAACAGUGCCUUCUUAUAAAGACGUUGUGGAGUUCAGUAUACCCAAAGUAUCAUUUUUUGCUGAAUCAGUCUGAGUUUUAAAUUAAAUAAAAAUAUGGAUUCUAAAGAAAAUUCUAUUGUUUAGGCUGUACAGCAUAUUCUAACUCCCUGUUCCAGUGCUUCCAGUAAGCAUCAGCUAGCAGAAUCUUAGGAGUCAGCACUCACAAUACUCUAUCUUGAACACCAUUCUUUAUGAUGGGGAAAGGGGGCCUGUGGCCUUCCAGGCAGUGUUGGACUAUAACUUCCAAUAUCCUUUGGGUAGAAAUGGGUCAGAAUAACAUCUGACAUGGCAUGGGGACAAAGGAGGAAGGAAAGAAGCAGAGCUGGCAGCAUUGACCAAUUAAUAAUCUAAACAAGAAUCAUCAAGUAAGUUAUAAAAGUUACAAAGGAGGGAAACUGGGGUUGCUGCAUUGCUUCUGGUACCUGAGAUUUGGAGGUGAGCUAUCCACUGUUAGUAAGUUGCAGUUCUUGCAUUUGCAAAACUGUUCUUUCCCUUUUCCUGUUUUGACCAGUUAGUCUAGUUGUGGGUUAGUAACAGAGUGAAAUGUUUUCCCCUGUCCAGAAUUUGCAAAAUGAAAACUAUUGGCGGGACUCUUGGGAUUGGCAGCAGGACAACAACUACUUACCUGCGUGGUAAGUGACUUCUGCAUUUUAUUUUUAUUCAUAUUAUAUAUGCAUAUACACAUAUUUGUCCCCACUUUUUCAAAGUAUAAUAUAAAUUAAUGACAAAAUUAAGUUAAUAAACAGACUAAAAACUAAUAAAAAGAUGCUAAACUUUAAACUUUCUAAGAAGCAGAACAUGAAUAUGUUCAUCCCACACUUUAAACAAAAUGUAUUUUCACAGUAGCUUAUGAAUUAAAAUUAAGUUAUGAAGCAACGUAAAAACUAAUAAGACGUUAAAAUUAACAUUUCUAAAAAAGCAGCUCCGUAGGCUGUUGGUCCAUUUAGCAAGUAAAAACUACAAAACAUCCAUUGGUCAUGCUGGCUAGGAGUGAUGGGAGCUGAGGUUGUACCACAUAUGGGUGGCUACAGAUCCCCAUCCCUGGGCUAUGCUGAGCUGAAUCUACUAAGGUGACUUGACCAACUCUGGUUUACAGCUCAUGAUUGAUGGCAGUAGAGGCAACUUAUGCAGAAUACUGUGUUUGUAUUUCUUCAGGGUACAUCGUGGCAAACCUCACAACUACAACGUUGCUUACCGAGGCCGUGGUUGGAAUCGCUCUCAAGGAUAUUUCAGGGGGGCACAUUCCAGUCGAGGCCAUCACAGAGGAGCUAAAAGUAGUGCUAAAUAUUUGGGAGCAACAACCAAAAACAGAGGCAAGGCUGAAAAUAUAUAUGUGGGAUUGAAUAUUGGACCAUCUCCUUCUCUGAUCCUCUACCCAUUUCACAGUUAUGUGGUGGACAGUGCCCCCGUAAAAUCUCAGUCAUCCAUGCUAUGUUUGUGGUUGAAGGAGCACAGUUUUAUUUGUGAUAGAUAGUUUUGUUUUUAUCUUUUUUUAUCUUUUAGGAAAUGUUACUGAAUGCCAGUUUUAAAUUAUUUUUAGAUUUUUAUUAAGUGGUACAAACAUGAACAAAAUAAUAAUGUGGUGAAAUGUCCACGUUAUCUGCUUUGGGGUUGUAUUUCUGUGUUUCAGUUGUAUUAGUUCACUUCUCCCAAUAUCAAAAGCUUGCUUUUCACUAGAACCAGCCUCCCUGGUUGAGAGAAUGGCCCGGCUAGGCUGACCUGUUUGGCUCAUUGAGCUUCCAAUAUCUAGGAUCUGCAGUUGAAGCCCAAAGCAGCUAAAUAAAAAAGGAGAGGUUCUGGGGCUCAAUUCUGCUAGGAGUGCCUGUUCCAGAUGUGUGGCAGGGACAGCUUUGCGCUUAGAGAAAAGACACAGGCAUUUAGCAUGUACUCAAAAGUAGUCUUCGUUAAUAUUGCUUCACAUAUCCUAUAGUGGAGAUCUAGAGCUUGUCCACACUUGACUUUUGCCCUCUGCUUUCUAGGCACAGGUCUGCACUUUCCCAGUCCUUGUCUGAGGGCUUCCCCCCGCCCCUCUUGCCUCACACUUUCCUCAGGAGAACCUGAUCUUUACCACUGAAUUGAGCAAAUUGCCAUUUGCUUCAAUUCAGCGGUAAAGCGUAGGUUUUCAUGGGGAAAGCAGUGUGGCAAAAAAUGAUGUUUGGACACAAACCUGGAAAGCCUGAAGCUGUCCUUAGAAUUGUAUAGUAAAGCUAAGGUUUGUGAGCCCCGAGUGAAGACUGGCUCAAAUUAAAAGCUUGUCAUAGAUUUCCUGCUCUGUAGAUAAAUACAGUGGUACCUCGGGUUAAGUACUUAAUUCGUUCCAGAGGUCCGUUCUUAACCUGAAACUGUUCUUAACCUGAAGCACCACUUUAGCUAAUGGGGCCUCCUGCUGCUGUCGUGCCGCCGGAGCACGAUUUCUGUUCUCAUCCUGAAGCAAAGUUCUUAACCCGAGGUACUAUUUCUGGGUUAGCGGAGUCUGUAACCUGAAGCGUAUGUAACCUGAGGUACCACUGUACAAUAAAUAACAGCAGGAGUUUUCAGGAAUAUGUCGUAGGAAACUGCAUUCUACCCAGUCACACUAUAGCUGGCAAUGGCUCUCCAAAGCUUCCAAUAGAAACUUUUUCUAUCUCUACCUGAAGAUGCUAGGAUUUGAAAGUGGCACCCUCGUGAGUGCAAAGCAUUUGCUCUAUCCACUGAGAGAGUCUCUCUCUUUUGCCUCAUCUUUGGAAUAGCAUGUCAUCUAUCUGUAACUGAAACUCCAGUACUCAUCCAUUUGCCCUGAAAAGACUUAACAAAGAAAGUUGUCCCACACAUCCAAACUCUCAGAUUGUGGCAGAGGCAUUGCAUGCUGAGUUUGUUUCUCUAUCUGCAGGAAAAGGUCGUUCUAAAAACUCAUCCCGUUCCUCGUGCUUAAUCAAUAUGACGGUAAGCGAUGAACCUAUGCUGUGGCUAGUUCCUAUAGGGAGGGUGCCUCUUACAUGUGUGGCAGAGAUCAAGGGAUGGUGUGAUGUGGGGCAAAGUUUGGGAAGAAGAUUUCUCAAGACUUAUGUGCCUGGUCUGUAUGGUUGAAGAAGUAGCUAACUCAGGUUGAAGAAGUAGCUACAGUGGUGCCCCGCAAGACGAAUGCCUCGCAAGACGGAAAACCCGCUAGACGAAAGGGUUUUCCGUUUUUGAGUUGCUUCGCAGGACGAAUUUCCCUAUGGGCUUGCUUCACAAGACGAAAAUGUCUUGCAAGUCUUGAGAUUUUCUUUUCGCUUUCCCCCCCCUUUAUCUAAUCUGCUAAGCCUUUAAUAGCCUUUAAUAGCCUUUUAGCAGCUAAUCCGCUAAGCCUUUAAGCCUUUAAUAGCCGCUAAACCGCUAAUAGCGCUAAUCCGUUAAGCCGCUAAUAGGGUUGCUUCGCAAGACGAAAAAACCGCUAGACGAAGACUCUCGCGGAACGGAUUAAUUUCGUCUUGCGAGGCACCACUGUAAUUCAGACUGCCUCUGAGAUACACAAGCAAAAUUUGCCAUUUUGCCUCUUUUUGACAUCCCACUGUUCAGGGUUUGUCAACAUUAUUUUCCAACAGGGCUCUUGUGCCUUGAACAGCUGUCUAACAUGGGGGGAAUAGCUAGAGAAGCUUUUCCCAUCACUUCAUGACAACACCAAAGGCAGGGGCGGGGGGAAGCUUCACCUGCUACAUUUUGUUGGUAAAGGUGCUGAAGCUCUGUCAAAACAAGCUAGAGUUCACAGCACUAGACUCAUCUUUCUAUUCCUGUGCUACAGCCAAAUAAAAAGGGAAAUAAUUCUGAAAAAACUGGAGGACCAUCAGCAACACCGGAGUCUAAACAAGGGCAGGAGAAGUCAACAAGUUUGAUGAAAGAAACUGACACAUCCAAGGUAAUUGUAGGAGAAGUCUGGGCCACCUUGCAACAGGUAGUUCCUGAGGAAGGUGGUGAGUUCUCGAUCUGUGAAGGGACGUUUUCCCUGUGGUUUCUCAGAGCAGUAAGAACUUGUAACAUUUUGAAGAGUAACAUGGUUGCUGAGUACCUGGUUGCUGAGUACCUUUUGAAGAGUACCUGGUUGCUGAGAGAAAAAAGGUUUAUGUAUUAACUGAAUGGAAAUGUAGAUACAAAUCCUGGAAAUGUGUUCUGAUGUUUGUCAAAAUGUGGCUUAUUUAACAAAAUCUGCAUACUGCUUGAUUGAAAGCAAACCUCUAAGUAGUGUUGCAGCACUCUGUGGGAGCUCAUUUCUCUCUCAUCCCCCCUCCCCACAAUCAAUGGGAGUUCCUUUUCUUCCUCCUUCCCUUCCUCCCAUUAUUCCACCUAGAUCUACCUCCUGUCUUUCUGUUUCACCCCUCCCUACCUCUGCUGUGGGGGUUCUCUAGCACAACAGACCCAAGCAGAAAGUGUUGCUUGAAGUCACUGCUUAUUGGUUGUAACUUCAAUCCUCACUUAACUGCACCAAAAUCCCCCCCUCCCCCGGUGCUACAAAGGGAAAAUGGAUCACUUGAUGUUGUAGUGUUAUCAGGCGAUUGAUGGAUGAGCCAGCCUGCCCACCUUUCAAAAUGACCCACCAAGGCUGGGGGAAACACAGCAUCUGACCCACCAGCUGGCUCCAGUUCUCCAGGCUCUGAUCUGUGUGAACAUUGUUUCUUAUUCUGACUGGCAGUGGCUCUCCAGUGGCAGACCCUUUAAAAAUGAAAUAACCUUGCAAUCCUUCUCAUAGUUCUAUAAUUCCCGAGAUUCCUUGGGAUCGAAAACAGGUUUUCAGUGAGUCUUUCCAGAGCCGUGUUGGAUCCUAAAGCAAACACAGCACUGGCAGCAGUGAUAUAAGUGUCUCUUAUUUGCACAUUUCCCCCUUCCUGCUUGGCAUUUCUUUAGGUGGAUCAGAAGUCCAGCAAAACCAUCAUGUCUGCAAAGGAUUUCAGUUUUCAUUUGCCCUCUGUUUCCUCAACAUGCCCACAGAGCAAACAGGAAGUGCCAUCAAAGGAAAAAGAAGAAACUGAGGUAAACAGCUCCCUACACAUUACUAAGAGCAGAUGUAGCUGGGAUAUGCGAUAUGGGUGGAAGAUGGCAUCCCUAGUGACCUCGUCUCUAUUAAAGGUCACAUUACAUCACACUUUCGCUGCAUGAGAAUACUUGUGUGUAGGCACCUCGUUAGAAGCUUUCGUCCAUUUAGCAGAGUUUCUGGAAGCAGUGGUCAGCAAUUGAAGCUACACUUUGAGAAGAAACACAGGCUUUGUACAACUUACUCAAGUGAUUUAUUGCUUGACUGGUCAUAAAUGCAUCAUGGUAGCACUAUUUACAAUCGUAAUAGCAAUAGUUGUAAUGGCAUACUUAGGUUUCAGUCCUUUCUCUUUAGCAACGACGUAGGCAGACACAGUCUAGCGGCAGUCAUGAUGCAGCAAUUUGCAGACAACAUUUGUUGUAAUAAUAAUAAUAAAUUUUAUUUAUAUCCCGCCCUCCGCAGCCAAAGCCAGGCUCAGGGCGGCUAACAACAAACAAAUAAUCAAACAAUCAAAUAAUCCAACAUUCUAAAACAUUUCAUUAUAAAAAAUAAUUAAAAUCAAUUUAAUGGCAACCGUUAAGCAAAGUUCUGUGCAGGUUGCCAGAGGAGGGAGUCAGGCUGGGCCCUGACCAAAGGCCUGGUGGAACAACUCUGUCUUGCAGGCCCUGCGGAAAGAUGUCAGGUCCCGCAGGGCCCUAGUCUCUUGUGACAGAGCGUUCAACCAGAUUGGAGCCGCAGCCGAGAAAGCCCUGGCUCUAGUUGAGGCCAGCCUAACCUCUCUGAGGCCUGGGACCUUCAGGAUGUUUUUAUUUGCAGACCGUAGGUUCCUCUGUGGGGCGUACCAGGAGAGGCGGUCCCGUAGGUACGAGGGUCCUAGGCCGUAUAGGGCUUUAAAGGUUAAAACCAGCACCUUAAACCUGAUCCUGUACUCCACCGGGAGCCAGUGCAGCUGGUAUAGUACCGGAUGAAUGUGAUCUCGCAGCGAAGACCCCAUAAGGAGUCUCGCCGCGGCAUUCUGCACCCGCUGGAGUUUCUGGGUCAGUCUCAAGGGCAGCCCCACGUAGAGCGAGUUACAAUAAUCCAGUCUGGAGGUGACCGUCGCGUGGAUCACAGUGGCUAGGUCAGGGCGAGAGAGAUAAGGGGCCAACUGCUUAGCUUGGCGGAGAUGAAAAAAUGCCGCCUUUGUUAUAGCUGUAAUCUGCGCCUCCAUAGAGAGGGAGGUAUCGAAGAUUACACCCAAACUCUUAACGGACGGUGCUGGCACUAAUUGCACCCCGCAAGAGAUGGGAGUUGCCCCCAAUCCCAUAUCGUCCCGUCCCAGCCAGAGGACCUCUGUCUUCGAAGGAUUUAACUUCAACCGGCUUCCACGUAACCAUCCAGCCACAGCUUCCAAACAUCUGGUCAGUGUGUCUGGGGCCGAGUCAGGAUGGCCAUCCAUCAACAGAUAGAGUUGGGUGUCAUCGGCAUACUGAUGGCAACCCAGCCCAAAACUCCGGACAAGCUGGGCGAGGGGGCGCAUAAAGAUGUUAAAAAGCAUCGGGGAGAGUAUCGCACCCUGAGGCACUCCACACACCAAGGAGUGGCGGGAUGACAAUUCCCCCCCAAGCGCCACCCUCUGUCCCCGACCAUAGAGAAACGAGCGCAGCCAUUGAAGGACUGUGCCCUGGAUCCCCACGUCGGCAAGGUGGUGGUCCAGGAGUUCGUGAUCAACCAUGUCGAAGGCUGCUGACAGGUCUAGAAGAAUCAGCAGCCCCGACCCGCCUCGAUCCAGCUGCCUGCGGAGAUCAUCUGUUAGGGCGACCAGAGCCGUCUCGGUCCCAUGACCAGCGUGGAAGCCAGACUGGAAUGGAUCCAGAGCCGAUGUUGGUCAGUCAUCUGUGAGUGUUUCAUCUCAGUGUAACUUCAGCUGCUGACCACUGCUUCCAGAAACUUCUAAAUGGAUGAAAGUAGCCCUCCUUCCCCAUCCCACCCCCCAGCCCUAUAUGUUUUCACCAAUUGAUAGCUGGGCACCAUAACCCUGAAGCGAGCAUAGCACGUACAUAGCUGUCUGGUCUGCUGAGUUGCUGAGCCUGCAUAAUGAUGUUCCCACAGUCUGCCCCGCAAGGCUGGUUAUGCCCAACCUGAGCUCAAGAUAAGGGAAGGCCAGGGACGUAUCUUGAACUAAAAUGUAGCAACCUGAGGCUCCCAAGAUUAGUUCGGAAAUAUUAUCACAAUAAAACCCCAUUAAAAUUGGUAUCAGCUGUUGUGACUGGGAGAACUUUACAUCAGGUAUAAAGCUGGAUGUAAGUAUUCUAAAUAAUAAUAAAAAACCCACACCUUAGCAGUAAUAUUUUAUUGGGAUACAAGGCCACUUUUGUUCAAGUAUCGUCUCUCAACACUGGUUAGGUUAAGUUCAACUCUCCACUGAGAAAGCAGUCCUUAUCAUCCUCAUCAUUCCUGCAUUGCAGGGGGUGGGACUCGAUGACCCUGGGGGUCCCUUCCAACUCUAUAAUUCUGUGAUCAUCAUCCUCUAACGAAUCUCUGCAGGUCAAGUUGGAAGACAGUCCGACCUCUGAAGACCCUCCCAGCAAGACUGCUCCUUUGUCACCUGUGCAUGCUCCAUCCAUGACAGCAGAAGGUCUUCCAGCCACAGUAAAGGAAGAGCCUGUGGUGGUAUGAAAAACCUUCUCUUUUUCAUUUGCAUAGGGGUGUGGACUCUUUGGCUUCAAUUUCACUGCUGUUAGUAUUUUGCUUGUGCAGCCUGCCAGUGUACAAGUGUCCCAUGUGUUGGAGUAGUCCUGAGCAGGCCUGAGUAGUGGGGAUUUGUGACUUGUUUUUCUCUGGGCUGGGACUCUUCCAGGCAUAACUUGUUCCUCCUCUGCAGUUGAACCAUGUGCACCUCUUGAGACUGGAGAGCCCAACCCUUGCUCAGGAAGUGUGAAAAGUGACCUGGUAUUGUUCCGUUAGCUACCUUUUUCAUUCUCUCUCUGUGUGUGGUUAUGUACAUACACAUGAAGGAGAAAGCUCAGAUUUUCUUGUGUCAUUUCAAUCCAUUUUUGUAGCAUAGCAUAAGUAUGUGAGUUGUAGCUAACCCACCGUCAGUAGAAGAGUGUUCAUAAUCACUAUAAAAACUUGAAUUACAACAUGCACUGAAUCAGUAAUGUCACUUAAUCAUAAGUCAGUUUGGAACAAUGGAAUCAACCAUUGAGACUGGUUAUAUUUAAUCAAAGGUUAAUGAAUGAAGACAACUACUUAAUAAUUAAUGUUAAUUAGUUAAGAUUUGCCACAGUGGGUUGUGAUUGCGACAGGAUGUCUUGAUGUAACAGGUAAUAACUAAUAAGAACUCAUUCUCUCCUCUCAUUCAUACUUACCAAAUGGGUAGACCCACUAAAAUAAUUUAUCAGUUUCUUUUAAGAGUCUUUGGGCUGCCACCUCAGCAGCAGGAUAGCAACACCUUGUGCCGGGGACUUUCCAGCCUUUAUAUAGUUUCAGGUUCGAUCCCUGUAUGGGACAACUACACCUUCUUGUGUUGCAGGGGGUUGGUCUAGGUGAUAGCCUCUGUCAUGCUGAUUCCCCCUAUUAUCUUCAUGAACAGGCAUUUGUUUCAGCAUGUCCUUUGAGAACAGUUACUUGUCUCAGCAUGCCCUCUGACACAUCCAAACGUCUGGUACAUCCUGCUUGCCCAUCCUGUUCAUUACGUUACAUUAGCUGGUUCAACAGUCCCUUUUUCUUCUUCAGAAUCUAUUUCUAUGUUCAGAAUCAAACAAUCUCUUUAUCUUCAGAGUCACAUGCUUUACUCACUCAUAUCCAUUCAUACUCUGAGACCCUCAUAGGCCUCACAGAGUCAUCCUCUGAAUUUUCAUGGAAGCUUAUUUUUUGCUAUUUGCACUGGGGUAGUGUUGGAUUAGGCAGAGACCUCCCCAUGCCCAGCUCUCCUGGUUAAGGAGGCUUGUGCUGGUAGGAUCACUACUGUGGGGAGCCAAUGAAAAGAUUGAAAUUGAGGCUGAGGCAACCCGGGGCCCUGUAUGUCUCCCACCCCACCCCCUUUGUGGCCUUUUAUACCUUCCUCCACUAUGUCUUCUGGUGCUGCCAUUGUCAAAUAAGAACUGCUGGUAAUUUGGACUCCUUCUGCCACACUCUCCUUCAUGUAAUGUUUGUGUAUAAUCUCCAGUUGUGUUAAAGCCCGUGGGCAUACCAAUUAAACUCUUCCCUCCUAUAGCCUUGCUGCAGUGGUGUACUCAAAUGUAUUCUCUAGCGGUUCCUCCUGUUUUUGUUUUUACUUUUCCUGAAUGCUCUACAGGAUUUCUUUCCUCUCUUCAUGCCCACUGCUGCUUCAUCUUUCUCUUCCCAUGCCCUUACGUCAAAUAAACUCUCUUAGGGGUCACAUCUUCAGCCUAGAUUUGCGAACAGAAUACAAGAUUUACUUUACAAAGGAGAUGGGUAGCUAAGAUGAGAAAGGUGAGGUGUAAGUGCUUUGUUUUUUCAUUCUGUAUUGCUGUUGUAUAAUCCCUUAGUAGUGAUUUCUACAGCCAUAUUAUAUGAGAUGUGCCUUUUAAUGACUAGGGAGGCUGGGGUGUCAAAAUGAAUGAACUUGAGAUGUCUGGGUCUGAAGACUAGGCAAUUAUAAUCUAACAGAAGGAGGAACAGUUGGAUAUCAUCCUGGAGUAAAUAUUUUGAAUAAUCUUUUUAUAUAUAAACUGACAGACAGAAAAUCGAAAGCCCUUUUUAUUUAUUUCUUCUAUUCUUACAAUCUUCCUGCUUCUUUUUCUUUGUGGCUGUGGUACUGUUUGGGUGUAUCUAGUUGUGGUUCAAAGAGAAGAGGGGACUCUCACUCUUAGUAGAGUCAUACCUCGGACUGAAGUAGCUUCGGGUUGAACAUUUUUGGGUUGCGCUCUGCAGUGACCCGUUACUUCCGGGUUUUGCCGCUCACGCAUGCGCAGAUGCUCAAAAUGACAUCACACGCAUGUGCAGAAGCGGCAAAUCGCAACCUGCGCAGACGCAGGUUGUGUUCGCUUCAGGAUGCAAAUGGGGCUCCGGAAUGGAUCCCGUUCGCAUCCAGAGGUACCACUGUAAUAAGAUUGUAAAGAUUGCUUGGGAUAUAGGGAUACUCUUGUCCUGUUGAAGUCUUCUCUCUGAAGCUUGGGCUGAGUUCCACUCCCCACUGGAACAACAGAAUUUCUCCUUACCUAUACAACUUUGCAGGUGGAGUUGAAAGAUAGGCAGGCAGCUGAACAACCUCCCAGCCAGGCCUUACCUUUUCCAUCUGCUGAAGCAUCUAUAGAAGACCAGUCACCACUUGUGACCACAGAAGGCAUUCAUACUACAAAAAAGGAACUGCCUGUAUUCGUAUGAACCACUUUUUUUUCCCUUUGCAAGUCAACCAUUUGGGUGAAGUAAGCUAGGAUGAAAUUGGUAUCCUGCCUAUUGUUUUGGAGAUGAGGGCUUUAUUUUCAAUUAGUUAGCUGUCACCAUUGAGUUGAUUGCUAGAAAACUGCUGCCCAUCUUCUGCUGAAAGUUCUGUGAAUAUUUGCCUAGGCCUAGGGCAUUCUUUGGUGCUAAGUUCUUAGUUUAUUUGGAGCUGGUAUUUUACAAAAGACUCUGCAAAUGUGUAAGCCUUGGCAUGUUUUGGAGUAGUCCUAAAAAGGGAUAAGCAAUGAGGCUGUUUGUGCUCCACAAGGUCUUGUUCAAAUCUUGAGCAAUUUGUUGUUGUUGCUUUAAAAAAUGGAUAUCUCUAGCCCUUUAAAGUGUGGCGGCAAGCUUGUGACUAAGAUGACAAUUGUUGGGAAGUUAUGCACAAACUCUGCUAAUGGUCUGGAGAAUAUUCUGGGUUCAGACAUAGCAUGAAAACAAAUGGUUUGUUUUAAAUUCUGACCCUGCCACAGACCAUGUUUGUUUUGGUCCUGACAAACCAUGAUCUCAAACAAUGAGUUGGAGGUGAUCAGCAAACUGGAGUUUGUAUUAACUGUGAUUUGCUCUUAUUUCUGCAUAAUAGCAAACCAAGUGUUUCACUUUUCAUUAUUUGUGGGCUCCUUAAGUGAGUAAGAUAUUUUCAUCCUGCCUUUUAAAACAGAAUUGUCAUUUACAUUUUUCUUUGUUUUGUUAUAUGCCAGUUUUAGUGUAUGUGAUUGAUUGUAAGUUGCUUUGAGUUACCUUGCUAAAAAAGUGACAGGUAACUUUAAUAAAUAAUAAUCCACAGGCUGUUAACAGACCACAAGCCUAUCUAAUCUUGUCACGUGAUUUAGGGUUUGCAUUAACUGAAGCCAUCAAGUAAAAUCACUUCGGGUGGGAUCCAGUGAAUUCAUUGCAUGAGUGGAAUGGCUUUUGCUUGUGCAGUGGGGCUUUCCCACCUCUCAGGUGUAAGAUCUUUUAAAAAAUAUUUUUUUAACUCAAAUCACAUAGCAAAACAAAUGGGGGGGGGGAACAGUUUUUAAAACAAAAGGGACAUGAGUUUUGUUUAAGUUUGCAGUGACUUUUGUGAGCUGAAGCUGUGGGAGGAAUGGCAAAAGGAAUGUUUGCACUUUGCAGUGGCUACAGUUGCUUUUCAUGCUUUUUGCUCAGUUUUCUGUUGGUGGCAAUGGAAGCAUGUUUGUAAAGUACUUGAAUUGCCCUUGCAUGAAACAUUCAGGCAUUAUAUUUUGUCAUAUUGAUUGCAGUAAGGAUCUGAUCCCUGCAAACCCACAGUUUCUUUCCUAACAUCCUAAUAUUUCUUUCUCUCCUGAAGCUGGAAGCCAUCCCACCCAAAGACGAUUACAGCCAUGUUGGCUCACCUCCCGCUGUAGAAAUACCAUUCCUUUCUGAGACCACAAAUGAUAAUCAUUCAGAAGGAAAGGAAGACAUUGAACUGGUAUUAAAUUACACUCUCCUUCUUUCCCUGGAAGUAAACUGCUUUUGUAAAGAUUCUAAAGUGAGAGUUGGUUAGCCUUUUUCAAAAUAUCAAGUACGGUAGGAGGAAUAGGGAGGAGGGUAAAUCAACUUCUGUUGUAUUGCUACAGAGCCAAACUGUCUUGUUUUAAUUUUAAAUCACAUAGGAUUCAGAGUGAGAAUCAAGGAGGGGUGAAAUUCCAGCAUGCCUCACUGCUUUGGCCAAGUUUCCAGUCCAAUAUUUAUAGCCUUAAAAUGUUCUGCAUCAGCUUGUUCUGUUACAAGUAACUGAGAUAAUGUGAGAGGAAUUGGCAAAGAGGGAUGGGGGAAUGUGUGUCCUAGAAAUGAGGAAACAAUACUGAUCAUUUGUGUUUCACUAGCCAGUCAUUUACUCAUCUCAGACUAUUCUAACCCUGUUUUCACUUGAAACUGAUACAGAACCAAAUCACCAGCAGUCUUAAGGAUGAAGACCUCCCAAGUACCCUGAGUGAUGUUCAUGUUGUGCCUGUGCUGGUGAGAGAGAAAAAAUAUGAAAAGGUAAGACUGCGGGAGCUUCUUCGUGUCUUUGAUCCCUGAGAACAUGGCAGGGCCUACUUAGUAUAUUCUGAAUAAUAAUAAUAAUAAUAAUAAUAUUUAUACCCUGCUCAUCUGGCUGGGUUUUCCUAGCCAAUCCAUUUGUAUCCAGUUCUGCAAGGUAUGGUAGAAAAUCCCAAAGAGGCAACUCAAAUGGAACUUUUCAGGCAUUAUAUUUGGUCAUAUUUAUUGCAGUUAGGAUCUUAUCCCUGCAAACCCACAGUCCUUAAUAUUUAUUUCUCUCCUGAAUCUGGAAGCCAUCCCACCCAAAGACCAUUUCAGCCAUGUUGGUGUUGGUGCUUCUGGGUGGGAGACGGCCUUCUUCCGGCACUGGUCCAAAACACAUAGCACAGCAUAGCACAGCAUUCACUCCUUCAGACGUUCAAGCAAGCAGCAGAGCUUAGAAGAAGCUGAGACUGAGGAUAUGUAGCAUUGGGUUUAGUGAUUUAUUUACACGAUCAAAAUAAAGAACAGAGCCAUUAUGGCAUGUUUCUUCUCUGAGAGGACAACAACAGAACAAAGAAGACGGAAGCAGCGUACAGUUCCUUCUGUUCGCACGCUUCCAAAGAAUGGAAUGUCAACACACAGAGCAUGUGAUCUAGUAGUCACACACUGCAGCACAAGAGAGAAUCAAACUCCUGACAGUUGGCUCACCUCCUGCUGUAGAAAUACUAUUCCUACCUGAGACCACAAAUGCUAAUCGUUCAGAGGGAAGGGAAGACAUUGAACUGGUAUUAAAUUACACUCUCCUUCUUUCCCUGGAAGUAAACGGCUUUUGAAAGGAUUCUAAAGUCAGAGUUGGUUAGCCUUUUUCAAAAUAUCAAGUACGGUAGGAGGAAUAGAGAGGAGGGUAAAUGAGGGUUCUUCUGCAACCUUCUAAAAGAGUUAAAAAAUUCACCUUAAAGUUAACUUUAGGUUAUGGCCAGUUUCUACUGGUCUGUGGCUUACUGGGAAGCACAUAUUGUUCCACUUUAAUUUACAUGAUAGAGAAUCCUGUAUCUGGCAGGAAGAAAACCAGUUGCUGAGCUGAGAGGAUUACCUGUUGUAAAAUAUUGACCAGGCGAAUCCUUUUCUCACCCCAGUGUUUAUCAACUCCAGUUAUAUUGCUACAGAGCCAAACUGUCUUGUUUUAUUUUUAAAUCACAUAGGAAUCAGAGUGAGAAUCAAGGAGGGGUGAAAUUCCAGCACACCUCACUGCUUUGGCUAAGUUUCCAGUUCAAUAUUUAUAGCCUUAAAAAUGGUCUGCAUCAGAUUGUUAUGUUACAAGUAAUAGAGAUAAUGUGGGAAGAAUUGGCAAGAGAGAUGGGGGAGGGUAUGUCCUGGAAAUGAGGAAACAAAACUUCAUUUGUGUAUCACUAGCCAGUCAUUUACUCGUCUCAGACUAUUCUAACCCUGUUUUCACUUGAAACUGAUGCAGACCCAAAUCACCAGCAGUCUUAAGGAUGAAGACCUCUAUCAGUCCUCUGCUGUGCUAGCUACUAGCUCCUCCAACCUCCCAAGUACCCUGAGUGAUGUUCGUGUUGUGCCUGUGCUGGUGAGAGAGAAAAAAUAUGAAAAGGUAAGGCUGAGAGGGACUUCCGGUUUGGUGUCAUGGAGGAGGCUGGAAUUCCAUCGCAGCCGUUCGCACGGGUAAUUAGAGGCUGAGAUUGGAGUAAUCAGCCUCCCAACUCUCCCAGGGUCAGGGGUGGCAGUCUCAUCCUCAUUUGCCCAACACCUGGCCCCAAAUCCAGAAGGAAUGAGGGGGCAGGGGCCGCUGGAUGGAAAGCACCGUGCGUUUCUUGGCAACUCCAAAGUCGCCUCCGUGAGCAACAAUUUCUUAAGAUGAAAAAUCGGAUUUAAGUCAUGGACAUGCUCUGAGUGAGGGGGGAGAAAUUACUCUGCUAAUUAAUUCAGCCACUGAGGUGCUAAAGUGGAAGAAGGAUUAUCAUCUGCGUGGAGCUGGUGUGUCGGAACGGAAGGGGGGGUGAGCAUUCUUUGUUUCACUUCGAUACUUCGUUUUGCUAUGUUACCUGGCAAAAUCUCCUCUGGAAGGACUGACUACCGGAUUAUUUAUGCAAGCAAGCGAGACUGGAGAAUAUUGUAUUUACUGAUGUAAUAUGGUUCUAGCAAUUAUUAACUGUGUGGAAAUGGCUUUGCAAGCGAAAAAUCAAGGCUGUUGGCAUUAAUUGCUUGGAUGAGAAAAGGUGGAGAAACUUUUGACAUAUGCCUGGUACAACUGGUAGAAAGUCAGAUCUCCUCCAUAUUGGAAUGUCACAGGCAACUAUAAAAAUCAGAAAGUGAAAGUGGAAUGCCAUAGCUGGAUUGGAAGCACAAAGAAAGAAAGAAAGAAAGAAAGAAAGAAAGAAAGAAAGAAAGACAGAAGAACCCACACAGAAACACACUGUUUUGAUUUAUCUCGCUUGCUGGAUGAACUCAGAGGCUGUUGAAAACAAUGAAGGAUUAACAUCAGAAUGACUUAUGGGAACUAUCGGAAAUGACUACAAAAAGCAGCAGAAAUUGUUUUUCUCCUGGGCAUAGUCGGCCAAUUGGUGCCAAAGAAGGAUAGAACUUUUUUUAUGUAUGCCACAACAGCAGCAAGAAUACUCAUUGCAAAGUAUUGGAAGACACAAGAUCUACCCACUCUGGAAGAAUGGCAGACGAAGGUGAUUGACUACAUGGAACUGGCGGAAAUGACUGGCAGAAUCCGAGACCAGGGAGAAGAGUCGGUGGAAGAAGAUUGGAAGAAAUUUAAAGACUAUUUACAGAAAGAUUGUAAAAUUAAUGAAUGUUAGAAUGAUGUUGGAUAGAAAUUAAAUGGUUUUUAGCAGAAAUAUUAUAAGGGAAUAUGAAAAAUGGAUUACUAACAGGUAAAAAUUUAAUGUUACAAUACUUUAAGAUUAGAGAUUAGGAUAAACAAAGAGGGGAAGGAUUUGCUGAACCAACAAACUGAACUGGAAUACAAAAAAGGGAGGCGUGAGGAGGUCCGGGAAACAAGCUAAUGAAAAAUAAGUAAUUGAAAGAUUGACUUGUUUUUAAUUAAUUUUAUUUUGUAUUUUUCUUUUUUCUAUUUUUAUUUUGUAAUAUUUUGAAAAUCUUAAUAAAUAUCUUAUUAAAAAAAAAGCAGCAGAAAUUGUUGAAUGGUUUCUUUAAAUGUUAAGGUUCAUUAUUGUUUCACAAGAUGUGUAUCUCUUUAAAGGCCAGAGCAAAUAACAUGACCUAGUUUUACAGCUGUGAAGCAGUAUAGCAGGUGCUGUUAAGUUGUGGUAAUUAAGCAGUGUCAAUUGGGUAUAAUAUAUAAAGAGCAGCAUGUAACUCUCUCAGUACCCUUAUGAAUGGGUCAUACCUUCUGCAGCACAACUAAUCUGCAAAAUAACCAAUAGAAAUAUGAGAUGAUUAGAACCCCCCCCCCCAACCUCAGAGCAUGGGAAGUCCGCCCAAAAAUUUAUAAUUUGGUAUAACAUUUGGAUUGUUUGAUUAUUGGAUAAUUUGUAUAAUUUGGAAUGUUUAAUGUGGUUUGAUUGGAUUGUUAAAAUGGAAAAUUUAAUAAAUAUCAUUUACAGAAAAGAAAAAGAAAAGGUAAGACUGUGGGAACUUCUUUGUGUCUUUGAUCCCUGAGAACAUAGCUGGGCCUACUUAGUAAAUUCUGAACAACAACAACAACAAUUUUAUUACUUAUACCCCACCUAUCUGGCUGGGUUUCCCUAGCUAAUCCAUUUGUAACCAGUUCUGCAAGGUGGGAUAGAAAAUCCCAAAGGGGCAACUCAAAUGGAACUUUUAAUUCGGCUUCUAGUGCUUAAUUAACAAGGGCUGCUUCCACACUAUGCAUUUUACUGGGCAAAAAAUACCACAGCAAACAUAAUGAACAAAAUGUUCCCUUUCAUAUUUUCAUUUUUUAGCUUGUCCUUUUCUGCCUGCUGCCAUCUCAGAACCUUCAGAGUCAUUUCCUUCCUAUUUCCACGUGACCCUUCUCUCAGCUGUGGUGGUUUUUAUUCUCUCUCUCUCUCUCUCUCUCUCCCCCUCCCUCCCCCCCCCCCCUGGGCAUGAGGAAGAUGUCUCUUCUUUCACUAGGCCCUGCCUUCCCCAAGCAUGGCAACAAUUCAGAAGCUCCUUGUUGUGGCACACUGCUUCCUGUGGGGUAGAUAUGGUGGUAACAAUAAGGGGCAGGAUCUUACAAGUGGGAUUUUCUUUUAUUACCUAGAAGAAUAUUGCUUAUCCUUAUAUUUCAUUGCUCUCCUCAUUCUCCAAUCUGGCAUCAUUAUUCUUCCUACCCUUAUUCCUGGGAAACUGCUUCUUUCCAGGCUGAAAAUGUAUGGGCCCCUGAAGAUCGUCAGGCGCCACCCUGCAACGUUAAUGAAGUUGGAAAGUGUCACAGAGUCUCUGAACAUGACAGUGACUUGGUAAGUUGAAAAAUGAUGAAAAUUAUUUUUAUGGAGGGGGCUGUAGGUGGAGAAAGAAUAGAAUCAAGAAGGCAGGCAAGGGGUGGAAGGAAAAUAGCUAGCAAGAGAGGAGCAAGAAAGGGAAAAGCAACUCUCUAUCUAACCUCUGGCUUUCCAGAAGUUGUUAGACUAAAACUCCCAUCAUCCUUUAUCAUUAGCCACACUGGCUGGGGCUGAUGGGAACUGUAGUCCAGCAACCUCUGGAGAGCCCAAGGUUCCCUACUAUUGCUCUAAAGGACAUGAAGGGGGGUAUUAAAAAGAAAAUGGGAAAAGAGGGACACUUUCACUAGUCUUCCGGUCACAAAUAAAAACGUGGCUUUCAGGGCAUCCUAAAUGCAUGACUGUGGUUUUAAUCAUUGUUUGUAAGGGUCCUGGGAUAAUCAAACUAAGAGCACUAAUGAUCGGGCUCUGCAAGGAAAGGAUGGAAGACUCAAAACUGAGACAAGGAAAGGGUCCUCAGAAGAGAGCUAUAGAGGGAUAGAGAAAAAGGAGACAGCUUGUAGCACCAGGCAGCAGUGAGUCCGUGAGUCCAAAGUGCUAGCCCAGAUCAGGAAAAGUUUAGCUGUGUCUGCUUAGCAUUUGGGUUCUCCUGAGUUCUCACUGAAAGCAGUAAGAUAUUUAGGAAGAGGGGAGACUUGUUUUAUAUUAACUUAUAUAAACUUCCUAGAGAUUUUUGGCAAUUAAAUAAAUUUUGUCAAAUGAACAAAAUUGCUACUGUCCCUUAUUUGAUCACCCUGCUCUUUUGCCAGGUGCUCUCAGAGUCCCCACCUCACAGCCUCAUUUCCUGUGAUCAAAAAAGUGAUACUGAAAGAUGGCUGGAAUACUGUUCUAGUUCACCAAAGAACCAACACAGCAGUGAUUCGAGGCAUUCUAGCGCAAUUAGGACCUCAAGAGAGUUGCGUAGUCAGCGUUCAAGAUCCCCUCACAGACGAGAGCGAUCCCGUGGAAGCAGCGACCGGUCCCCUUGUUUACAAAAGGGCCAGCACAGCAGUGAUUCACAGCAUCCUAGAGCAAGCCAUGCCUCAAGGGAACUGCGUAUUCACCGUUCAAGAUCGCCUCACAAACGAGAACGAUCCCAUGGAAGCAGCAACUUGUCCCCUUGCAGGCAAGAACAUAACCCAAGAUUCCCUCAAAGCUAGAGGGCAGGGCUAGCUCAUCCGUAAGGUGGAAUGAGGCUGCUACCUCAGGCGGCAGAAGCAUCAGUGCUUGUGGUUACCCCUCUGCUGGCGGCAGCAGAGAAGCGGCAGCAGCAUCAGUGCUGAUUUUGGCCAAGAUCUCAUGCAAUUUCAGGCGAAAUCUCACUCAAAAUUGGUGCCGACGACAGUCCUGCUUCUCCGCCAGCAGUGGAGGUAGCAGGGCAGACAGCACAAGUGACGGCAGGGUGGCCGGGCUCAGCAGAGUGGCGCUUCCCGUUUCGCCUCAAGCAGCAAAAUGGGAUGAGCCGGCCUUGCAAGAAGACUACAAUUCUUGGAACUCAGUGGGGGAACAGCAGGGUAGCUGGCUUCUGUUUUAGAAACUGGGUAGUUUUGAAUCAUAUGAAAUGAUAUUGAUGCCAGGCAUAGAGAAGAAAGGAGUCUGAGAGAACUAGGGUAAUUUGGAGCCUUCUUGGUGAUGCUUAUGCAUAGAAAGAAAUGAGCCAUGGGAAAUGGGGAGUUUUGUUGCAAAACAGGAUAGAGUGAAAGGAUUCCAAAUUGAAUGGAUUUCAGGCUGAACUCAAUGGCUACAUUUGUACUGCAAACUGAAAUGAAACUGGCUUAGCUAUCUGGCUUCCCUUGGUGAAUCAUGGGGACUGUAGUUUUGUGCAAAUUAGUCUUAGCCACCCACCUUACCAGUUGGCCUGUUCCUAGAGUUUUGGGAUGCAGGGAAGCAACAACAGUCAGGCUCUUGAUGUGGUGUUCAAAAUGCAGGCAGGCGCAGCUUUUCAAGUGAGUCAUGUGCUUCUUUUCACAGGAGAGAGCACUCCAGCUUCUGUCACUGUGGAUAUUGCUACAAUCCACACCGAAAGAAUUUAUACGAGAGAGAUUCCCCUCCCUCUUACUUGGUUCAGAAAAGAAGUCAUCGCUAUUCCCCAGAAGGUUUGUUUUUAUUGGGCAGUUCAGAAUGGGAAUCUUCAUGUUCUAGCUGAAGGGACUAAGAUAUUAGUGUUUACAAUAUUGUCUCCUUGGCAUGAAAGGGUCCUCUCCAAGCUGUGUAGCCUUUUGGAUUGACGUUUGAUGCUCCCAUUGUGCCAGUCGCAUUUUGCCACUGGCAAGCAACCUUUUGUAACUAUGGAGAUGUUUGGGAGCUAUGGGUGCGCCUAGGAUCUGCACCCCUGCCUGGCUCCAGUCUGCUGGUCUGCUAGACACAGCGGGAGCAAAAGAUGCACGCCUUUUGCUGCUGCUCUAGCCCGCAAAACACCUGAUUCGCCCAGCAGAGCAGCAGCAAAAUACACGUCUUCAUGGAAACAGGGAUUCAUGGAAACAGGAAUCACAGUGAAAGAAAGCAGUAUUUCAAGUGCAGUUGCAGAGAUGACUGGGUAUUCUCUCGGAGAAUGCAGGAAUGUGUAGAAGGCCCCUUGUCAGAUAACUGUCAGUGUGUGAAAGAGCAGGUUUCCCAGCAUAUCAAGUCUAUCUGACUGUCACAUAAUUGAGGGGCUUUGUUACCCAAAGCAUUUGGUAGAAUCACUUUGUCUGAACCUGUUUGGACCCAAGUGUAUUGAAAAAAAGGGAGGCUAGAAUGGAGAAUGUUGGGUUGAAAUAAGCGACAGACGAAUGGCAAGGUGUCAUACGGGAGGCAUCUCUUGAGCAUGUCUCGGAGAGUCCCUUUUAUUGAAUAUUACAGCAUUCCCACAUAUGUGCUUGUUGCUGAUUGGUUAACAUGAAUACAAUGCAAAGGUUGAAUAUAGGUACAGUGGUGCCUCGCAAGACGAAAUUAAUCCGUUCUGCGAGUGUCUUCGUCUAGCGGUUUUUUCGUCUUGCGAAGCAACCCUAUUAGCGGCUUAACGGAUUAGCGCUAUUAGCGGUUUAGCGGCUAUUAAAGGCUUAUCGGCUUAGUGGAUUAGCUGCUAAAAGGCUAUUAAAGGCUUAGCGGCUUAGAUAAAGGGGGGGGGAAAGCGGGAAAAAAAUCUCAAGACUCGCAAGACAUUUUCGUCUUGCGAAGCAAGCCCAUAGGGAAAUUCGUCCUGCGAAGCAACUCAAAAAUGGAAAACCCUUUCGUCUAGCGGGUUUUCCGUCUUGCGAGGCAUUCGUCUUGCGGGGCACCACUGUAUUAAUCAUCAAUAGAUUAAAGGUUGGGAAAGGGAACACAGAAUUGGACAGGCGUGAAACCUCCUUAUUAAACUAUUAGCUAGUGAUUGAGUAUCAAGACUUAAACUAUUACUAAUGAUUGAUAUAGCAUGACAUGAAAGAACAUAACAAUCGCGUUCCGUAGAUGUGGUCAACAAUGCCUGUUAAGAACAGGUCAGGGUACUGAACUCAAUGUGAACUGAUCAGAACAUUCCCAGACCCAUGCGCAGAGGCAAAAGCUUCCCAGCAGGAGAAACCUUGAAACACAAUUUGGUUCGUAAGCAGCCACAGUUCUCUUUCAGCUUAGAUAAAAGAUCAGAGACUCUCAUUCCUGGUACUGGAAUGUGAGCGAGAGAGAUUUUGGUGCCAAGGAAGGAUCUAGAUAAGAUCCUCCUCCCAGCAAAUGGUGCCUCUGUAAACUUUAUGGUCUGAGUCUUGUCAGUUUCCUCAAUUAAGAUGAUACAACAAAGCAAAAGGUUGUCUUUUGGCAGUGAGGGAUUGAUGUUACAAAGUAUCCUGGCUUGGCUGUUGGUAAGGGCAAAUGUGGUUCUUUAAUUGGGGUGCAUAUGGCUGAGAUACUGAAAAAGUUGCAGUGUUGACAGGGGAAGAAAAUGAUACAUGUGAGGAAGGGGAAAGAGUUUCUUUCUUUCUUGAGGCCCUUUGUUUUUUGCUCUUUCCCUGAACUGAGUAUUUCAUAGAUUGUCUUCACAUGUUGUUUUCACAGUUAUGAUUACAUACAUUUCCUCAUUUUCCUUUUUUUCUAUUAACAUGCUUUCUUACUGUUCAGUUCUUUUUAUAUUACAUUUUAUAAUUGUUGUUUUUCUGAGUAAAUUCUUAUUUCCCCCAUUUGGCAUUAUAUAUAUAUUUGUUGUUGAUCUUCUACAAUUUAUAUCUUUUUCAUAAACUAUUUCUUUCAAAUUAUUCAACAUUUACAGCAGGAUUUCCCUUAAGUUUUAUCCAUCAGCUCCAUGUCAGCUUGGUAGCUAUGAACACAUUUUUUUAUAUUCUUUAGCCUAGUUCUUUUUAGACUUCUUAUUGAAUUAAUUUUAAUCAAUAACAGGAGGAAUAUAGCAACUUAACAGAGGAUAUUUUGAAGCAAUGUUAAUAGAACUCUAUAUAACCUUAUUCUCUUGCCAUUUUAUGCACUUUCUUCUUUUUUAAAAAUAAUUUUUAUUGAAUGGUUUUAUGUUUCAAAAAACAAUACAGCCAUACUACCACAAAAUAUAAUUAAGAAAUAAAAAUUACAUACAUCGAUAUUUAGUUUAUUUGUUAUUUACCGUCUUAUUUCCUCCCAAACAUUGCAUACAACAACAACACAUACGCAUUUUAUGCACUUUCUAUAUAAUUAUUCCAUGGAUAUAACUCUCUUUUCAAUAUUCAUACACAUUUUAUUGUUGAUCUUAGAGUUUCAACAUUUGUAUGCUGCAAUACCAGUAAAGCUCUCAAGUCCGUUUUAUACUGAAUCUGGCACUUGGGUCCAUUUCCAGUUGCACUUCUUAGGUCACUAGAGCCAAAAAAAGAACUUGGUCUUUAAUCACCAUUAGCAUUCUUUUAUCCCCAGAGUUAGGAAGCCAUGCCUCCCCACCCACAAAGCAAAAUGCUGUCUAACAUCUCUGUUUUGCAGAAAGAAGUGAAUUGUACGAAGCACCACAUUCCUACAAUCGUGAGAGCCCCAGAGAGGUAAGAGAAGAUGCCUAUAUCUUACCGGCUUAAAUUGGCAUAUGCUUGAUAAUUGUUGGCAUCCAUCUGUCUCAAAAGACAAUGGAGUGCACCUCUGGAGGUGAGGUCAAACCACUGGAGAAUCACAGCACCUGCAGUGGCUGCAGAGACUGGUAACUCAUAACAGCUGCCUUCCUUGUUCUUGCUGUGCUAGCAGCACCGAAGUGACCUCUUUAUGAUGCAAGCCUGGGCAAUGUGUAUGGAGAUCCUGGGCUGCCCAGGCAACAAGACCUUCACCCCACCCCCUUGGCCUUGCUGACGUGGUCCAAAAGAAAGCAGAGCACUACAUAUGGCACCAGUUUGGCUGCAGGAGUUGCCAGAAGGAAGUGUAGAAGGCACCAUCCAGCCAUCUUAGGGACUCCACUCUGGAUUUGUGUAGAGCUUAUUCCUUAGCCUUUUCUUCUCCACAAGACAGCAUGUUAUGCUUCAUUAAGCUGUGAAUAGAUCUCUGACAAUAUCAGUGGAGGAGUUUGAAAGAGAGCUGAAAUGAGAUUCCUGUUCUCCCUGUGUCUCGAAAUGAGCCCUUGAGCAUGUACAGUUCAUGUGCCACUACAGUGGUACCUUGGUUAUCAGACGUCUCUGAUGCCGAACGUUUCGGUUUUCGAACGCCGAAAACCCAGAAGUAAAUGCUUCUGUUUUCGAACGCACCUUGGAAGUUGGACGGGCUCUCCUGCGUGUAUCUGUUGUUUUCCACAAUUGUCUCUUGAAUUGGCAGACUGCCUUUUGCGCCUCAGUUUUCGAACCUUUCGGAAGUCGAACGGUCUUCCAGAACAGAUUACGUUUGAAAACCGAGGCACCACUGUAUAAUGAUUCCUCCACUUAAAUGCCAAGAUAACCUCUGCCUGGGAUAGGGAACCUUUGGUCAUGCAGAUCUUGUUAGACUACAGCUCUCAUCAUUCCUCUCCAUUGGCUAUGCUGGCUAGGACUGAUGUGAGUUGGCAUUCAGCAACAAAUAGAAGGCCACAGGUUUCCUGUUCCUUAUCUAAGCAAACACUGCUUUUGGUCUGACAUGGUGCACUAGUUUUACAAAGGUGGGCAUUUAUCCCACAAAUCUCUGGUGGUGGCUUAUUUCAGACUCCAUUUUAUUUAUUUAUUUCUUCCUCCUGCCCUGUAAAAUGAAAUCCAAUUCACAGAAGUUAAAGAAAAAAAUAUCAUCCUCUCGGAAAACUGAAAAGAAGAAGAAGGCAACAGCAAUUUCAGAGAAAGCAAGAAAAUCUACCAAGGUAGCUAAAGAAAUGUAUGGGUGUCUUAAUAUGAUGAUGUAUGUGAUCUUGUGUCCUGCUUCUAGCCUUCCCUUAGGCAGUUGGUCGACCAGCACAGGAAACGGUAUACUGGACUAUGUUGUGUUGAAAUAAACGACAGACGAAUGGCAAGUGUCAUCUGGGAGGCAUCUCUCGAACAUGUGUUGGGGAGCCCCUUUUAUUGAAUAUUACAGCAUUGCCACAUAUGUGCUUGUUGCUGAUUGGUUAACACAAGUACAAAGCAAGGGUUGCAUAUAAGACAUUAAUCAUCAAUAGGUUAAGGGUUGAGAGAAGGAACACAGAGUUAGACAGGCAUGAAAACCUUCUUAUCAAGCAAUUACUAAUGAUUGAUAUGGUGUGAACUCAAUGUGGACUGAACAUUCCAGGGUGGUAAGAAAAGAAUGUACACAGAAAGAGAACUACCCAUCAGGACUAGAUAAGGUUUCUGUCUGAUCCAGCAGGGUUUUUGUGUACAUAACCCAAGUCAAGCCAGUGAAAUGAGUAUAAAACCUGCAUGGUCCCAAUGAUAGCAUGAACUCUCAGUAAUAGAGGUUCUCCAGUACAGAGUUGUCGUCUUAGUGGAAGGUGGUGGUUGUCGUCGUCAACAUCAUCAUACCUUGGCGUGUAUCUUUCCAGCAUUUUCGUUAGCUGAACAAAUGUGCUUCUCUUACCCUUGUGGUACCAUGUAAAUGCAGGCAAGUUGAGGUGGCAGUGAUUGCCUAUUAGUAAGUGGAGUUUUCCAAGCAGUAUCAGUUCACUAGAUCAUGCCUUUUCUAAUAUAAGGCACUUCAGAAUGCUCCAACUGCUUCAGCAGCAGGAGGAGAUCUACCCUUCUGUUGUGGCACUCAGUUUUGGAAACUAGUCAUGUGACUAGUGUGUAUACUCUGUUGACAGGAUAGUCAACAUCCUUGGGAGUUCAUGGUGGGAUUUUUAGUCCACAGGGUAAACGGUAAGAACAAAUUCAUUGGUGUCCUUAGGUGUCUUGGAGUUAUUUCACUCCGAUGCUCAGAUUAGUAUCUACCCUUCCUCUACUUAGCUCAGGAUAUGGAUAUGGAUAUGGAUUAUACCACUACCUUUGAAAUAACCCUUUCACAUAGGCUGGAGAGUGACUGCUCUUACUAAGUUUCAUUAUGUGAGUGGAGAUUUUAACUGAUCUCCCAGUCAUUCUGGCCCACCAUCCAUUUGCUCAUCUUUUGUUUUCGUCGGUACCAGCUCUGCUGGAAAGCUAAGUCUAUGUCACACCCUUUCCUCAAAUAAUUCAAGGUGGGGUAUAUGGCAAAGGUUUUGUUUUUUGAUAUCCUGCCAAAGUUGAUAACAAUCCUUUACGUCCUCCUUGGGUUGUUGGCAAACGAAUCCAGUUGUAGCAACCAGUAUGCACUACAGAGUUUCCUGCUUGGGUAACAGUGUUAAUUUUCUGGCAUGAACAAAGCCUUGCUUUGUUAGUGAGGAGAUCCAAUUAGGUCCUUUUCUUUUUGGUUUCUACAGACUAAGAAGAAAACCAAAGGGGACCAAGCUGGUGGUACACCAGUCUCAUCAGAGACUGCACAAAAGUUACAGCCGGUGGAAACAGAAUUGCCUGACCCGGUAGGAAGGAGGAUUCAGUCUUGCAAUGGCUGGUCUUCAGCCUGGACUAGCAAGAGUGUCUUUCCCCUUAGUCCUCUCUUCACUAUUUUCCACAUGUUGGUAUUUGUAACUGAUGCAUUUAUUUCUGAGUUCUGCUGGCUGUACAAGUCAUUUGCUGCAGAACAGGGACUGGGAACAGUUUUCAGCUUGGGGGCCACAUUCCCUUCUGCAUAACCUUUGGAGAGUCACAUGCCAAGGUUGGAGGGGCAGAGGCCAGAGUGGGUGGAGCAACGAAUGUGCUUCCCCCCCCUCUUAGUUUCUAUACACACUCAAAUGCCCCUCUCUAUCCUCCAUCCAGACAAGCGAGAGGGGAAGUAAUCAGAGCUCAAGGACAUGUUCGAAAAGGAGUAGGACGCAUUCCACAGGCAAAAGCGCUUGGUUUUGUGGAAAGAAUGUUGGAAAGUUUCCUGUGUAGUUUUUGAUUAAUUUUUAACUUUCUGUUUAAUGUCACUGAGUAGAGGUUGCUAGUUUGUAUUGUACACAAUCAAGUAAUUUGUGGCACAUACACAAUUGAAGGCCAGACAUCAGGAGAGGAAUGUUAUGUAACAAGUACAAAGAGAACUGAUGUGUGCAUGUCCCUUGCUUUAUUUUGCCAGUUAUGGAAAUGUAGAAAAGCUGUAAAAACCCUUUGCUCAGUGACGUUCCCUUCAGACUUGCUCUGGGGGUGCUGUCCUGCUGCAGCAAUAAAUAAAGGGGAUACCUACAGAGUGCCUUGCUUGAUAUCCUGCACCUUGUCUAUUAUUUAAACUGAUUCCUACCUGGCAACAAACUGGGGAGUGGCCUCCCUUAACUAUGGGGGUGCAGAGCAGUGAGGAAGUGUGGCCUGGAAAGGGUUCUGACCACCAGAUAGACAGGCCUAGAGGAUUGCAUUCAGCACCCAGACCUGAGGUACCUGUCCCUCCCACUGUAAAGGCCAAGAUGCAAAAGGUUAUGGAAUCAUUUCCACAGCCCAUAGAAGCAUCUGGCUUAAUGAAACAUCAUUGUGUGAUUCCUAGAUCUUAGUUGUGACACCUGAAAGCAGCCCCCCCCCCACCUGGGUUUCACUCCAGGACUACUGUCAGCAGCCUCACCAGAAAAAUACUUCAUUCUGUUGUGAGCCAGUGAUCUUGCCUUCCUUUUGCAAGAGCAAAAACUAUCUUUGACACACCCCUAGUUUUGUUUUAGGCCAUGUUAACACCUUAUCCCAUUGGGAAAAUCUCUAUAGAUCCAGGCAGCAACCUGCAGUGAGGAUGCAGACCCCACUCAUCCCCUGUGUGCCGGAGAGAAAGAUGGCUUUUCAUCAUCCUCAAGGACUUCUGAGGACCGUUCUGCAGCUGUACUAGCAAGAAAGGAAGAGAUAGAGCAGGUAACUGAGCCUCUUCGGCAUGUCAGUAUGAACUUGGAGAUCUGAAGCACGAUUAUUGUGAAGGUCACAUGCUAUUUUCGCUCCUGUAUCUGCUUGCAAGGCCAAGCAUAAAGGGGCCUGCCACAGACUAAGAGGAGUUGUAGUCCAAAACAUCUGGAGGGAACCAGGUUGGCAAAGGCUGUUUUAGGGGAGUAGUCCUAUUCUCCAGCCAUAUUUGCUUAAGUCAGGUGGGUCCCAGUGGGGCGCCUAUAAACAAACAUGGUCCCCAGACUCAAAAAAUGUUCACACCUCUGACAGCAAGUUUGCGAAGUGUAUACUUUCUGCUUUGCGACACCUCAAAUUGUCUUGACUGACAUUUAAAAUUAAACAAAGCAGCAAAUACUUUGCAAGCACAUGUCUUGGUCCUCAUACAUAAGGCAACACCAUAUGAAGCUGCUUUAUACUUGGUCAUAUCAUUAGCCCAUUUAUCUCAGUGUUAUCUACACCGUCAGCAGCUUUCCAGAGUUUCAGGCAGGGCAUUCCCAGCCCUACCAGGAGACGCUAGGGAUUGAACCCAGGAUAUUCUGCAGGCAAAGCAGAUGCUGUACCACUGAGCUACAGCCUAUCUCCCCACUACAGCAUUAAAUAAAUAAUUCCUUAGAAAAAUUAUUUUCUUACAAUCUGGGUUUUUGGUGUGCUAGGACUCUGGACUGAAUGUGACCAGCCCAGUAGAUAAGUGAGGUAGAACUGUGUAGAGUGGCAGUCUUCAGAUCGCUGGCGCUUUUGCCUGACAGACACUUUGCCCUUUCCUACAGGCCUAUCAGCGAGUCCUCCUCAACUUUGCAGUGGUGACUGCCAUGCUGUUGGAAACAAAGCCAUGCAUGGAGGAGGCGAUGGAAGCAGCCUUGCGGGCCAACUUGAGAAGGAUCGGGAACUACUAUGAAUGCAUGCUGAAGGACUUCAUUGACAGCUAUGACUUGGCCAAUGCCAUCUAA